AUGCGGUACCUGGAUGAUUACUUGGCACUUUGGUCACAUGGAAGAGAAAAACUGGAAGGGUUUCUGCAGUUCGUAAACCAGAUUGAUGGACAAAUUCAAUUCACGAUGGAGGUUGAGGAAGGUGAGCGGUUAUCGUUCCUGGACGUUGAAGUGAUUCGUUAUAAUAGGACGCUCAAAAAGAAAUUGCUCAGAAAGGAGUCCUAUGCUGGGAUAAUACUCAGUUUCCGGUCCCAUCCCACUUACAGGCUAAAUAUUAGAAUAAUGAGGAGCAUGAUCAUCUGUAGCCUACGCCUACGGAUAUAG